AUGAGAUUGUUCAAUUACCUACCGCUGUUGCUGCCGGUCACACUGGCCAACCCGCUAAACGUCCGGUCCACCGCCUGCAACAACUCCCCCGACCUCUGCGAUAAGUCCUACGGCGAGAUUACACAUUUGGGGGCCCAUGACAGCCCCUUCGUGCGCACUUCGGAUAGUGUUCUGGCUGGUGACCAAUACUAUGACACUCCUACCCAGCUGAGCGCUGGUGUCCGCAUGGUAACUGCGCAGGUACACAAGGAUAACAAUCAAUGGCGUCUAUGCCAUUCCUACUGCUCCCUAUUGGACGCAGGGUUGUUGAGCGACUGGCUAGCCAAGAUCAAGUCUUGGCUGGAUGAGCAUCCUAAUGAAGUCGUCACAAUCAUCCUUGUCAACUCCGACAGCGCCUCUGCCUCUGAACUCGGCGCCGAAUUCAAAACCGCCAACAUCACAAACUACACCUACGAACCCGACUCCCUCACAACAGCGCCCACCUCCUGGCCAACCCUCCAAACAAUGAUCAACUCCGGCAAGCGACUCGUCGUCUUCGCCACACCAUUGACCACCAGCACAGACUACCCAUACCUAAUGUCGGAAUUCGAUUUCGUAUGGGAGAGCAACUACGACGUAACCUCGCCCUCGAACUUCACCUGCGAGCCCGACCGGCCAUCCUCACUCUCAGGCUCCAUCUCCACCGCGCUAUCCUCCAACCGCCUCCCCAUGAUGAACCACUUCUUGUACUCCACAGACCUGGCGAUCCUGGACAUCGAGUACCCGAACGCAAGUUACGUGUCGACCACGAACGCCCCAUCCGGCGGCACGGGUAAUCUUGGCAGCACGGCGACUAAGUGCAAGACGGCGUAUGGUGGUCGACAGCCUACCUUUAUUUUGGUGGACUUCUUCAACAAGGGGCCCGCGUUGGAUACGGUGGAUAGUCUGAAUAACGUGACCAACGCGGUGGGACGGACGUCCGUUUCGUCUUCGUCGACAUCCUCGAGUAGUGACGGAUCUACUGUCAAUAACGUGUUCAAGGGGCUGGUCGAGCUGGCGAGCUCGGCCAAGUCCGGCGCUAGCACGAGUAUGGGGGAUUGGGUCUGGGCUGGUGGGAAUUGGAAUAGUAUCCUGGGUGGAGGUAUCUCCUUCUAG